AUGUACCACUAUAAUUCGAAUCUUAAUCAGUAUAUAUUAUUUUUUAAAAUGUCCAAUUUUAGAAAUUUAUUUAUAUUAUUCUUAUUCUGGAUAUCUAAUUUAUUUGUUAAAAAUGCGUCGUGCGCAAUUGGAUUAUUAGGAGAUGAUUUUACGACUCUUGACUUGGAUUUGGGAUCUUUAGAUCUUGAAAAGAUCAAGAUAAUUAAGUCACUGGAUAAACCUGUCAGAUUUAAAAUUAAUCCAAGAGAACAAGUUCUAAUUAAUUCAAUAAGUUUAUUAGGCAAUACUCUAUGGACAAAACUUGGUGUUAACGUUUGUCACGAUGUAGUUAUUUAUAUUUUCGAGGCCCCUGAAGUUGUAAUUUCACCUGUAAUAAACGAUGGUGGUAUAAAAAAGGUUUACUACAUAAAGAAAACUGGUAAUCAACUUACAUUUAUAAAUUUACUAAGCUUUUUAACCUUAAUUCAUGAUGAAUUCAAGCCAAAGGAUUAUUUAAUUCCACAGCUUUUAGAUAUUUCAGAAGGAGCUCACAAAGUAUUUUAUAAAUACAAUAUUAUUAUGUUGGGUGAUUUGAUACAUGAAAAAUAUGAACCUAGCGAUAAUUCUGGUUUCACUGUUUUAAUGGAUGGCAUGAAAACUAUUUGGGAUGCUGAGCAUGGGGAUUCAAAAGGUAAAUUAGCUUUGUCAAUUGAGAUUUUCGAAAAGGUUGACAGACUUAAAAUGUUGAGGAUUACUAUUCAAGAUUCAAGUGAGAUGCAUUUCAUAAUGAAAGAAAAUGGAUGGAACCCACUUUUAGUUCUUGGUUUUAUGACAAACUUUAAAAGGUUGGAGUUUGGAAAGAUUUUUGAUGCUCAGACAGAAAAAGAGAAAAAGCCAAAGGAUCUAGAUCCAUUACCAAAAGUUUUAGAUGUCAGUACAAGGGAUGAUUCUUUCAUUUACACUUCCUGUACUCUUUUGAAUAUGAAUUUUUUAACUAUCAAGCCAAUGUUCGAGUUUUUGACUAAAAAAAUAAUUGAUGGCCACAAAAUAAUCCAUGAUACUACUUUAUGCAAAUUUCAGGCGUUAUUAAUUAGAUUAUCUGACCCUGUGAAAUGUUUUCUUGGAAUUAGCAUUAAUGAGAGUGUAUUUAGUAAUCAUGAUAUUUAUUUCGAGAGAAGUGAUGCUGAUGGAAACUGGGAACCGGUUACUCAAUCUGUGGUUUUCGAAGCUGUCCAACAGUCUAUAGUUGAAUUUUCUAAAACCCAUUAUCUUAAAUCAGCUGAUUUAUACGGAGUUUGGACUGGUGUUAAAGUGGCUGAUUUAUCCUCCAAAGUUAAAUCCUUACUCACUGGUCAAGAAUUUGCUCCAACACCAAUACCUACAUCUGCUUCUGCCACUCCAUCUUCUACUCCAAUUCCCACGACACCUGUUCCAGAAACUUCCGGAUCUUUACCAGCGUUACAUCCAGGUUCGGCUAUUUCUACACCACCUCCAACUCCCUCCACAGCAUUACCUUCAUAUCUUGUUUCCUCACAAACCGGAUCAAGUAAGCCUAGUACACCCACUCCAAUGACACCGCCACCUUCCACAGAUCUUGUUCCAGAUAAACUCUCAGCUACAGGGCCAGCUUUAUCACCACACCCGCACAAAAAACCCAGAACAGAGAUUACCAAACCGUCUUCACCUACUCAUUUGACCAGGAAGCCUUCUCCUUCUCUCAAAGAUCCUCAUGUUGGGGAUGACAGUUUUGAUCCUCCAAAAUCCACUGAGCCGAGGCAUAGAAAACCAACUAAACCAAAAUAUCCCAAACCAACCCACGAAUAUAAGCCCAGUACACCUACUAUACCAGAACAUUCAACGACAUAUACUGAAUAUACAAUUCCAUCAUCUGAAUAUAUUCAUGGUGAAACUGGUCCAACUUUGGAUGACACAGAAUUAUCCAGUUCCCUUACAAAAGAUAAGCACACCCAAACUGAUGCAUCUAGAGAAUUGGUUAUAACGUAUGAGCUUUUAGAAAAACUAAAGCAAGACAUUAUUGAACAGAUUGUAGAAAUUCUCAAGUCUGGAUUUUCCAUCAGUAACAUAACCAUUACUUCAUUAACAUUACUACCUAUUUUGUUAAUUUAGUAAUGGGACAAGUUAUUGGUUUUAAAAUCAGAAUACGAAUAAUUUAAUUUGGUUAUUCGACCUUCAAUGAAAAGAAUCGUUUUGAAUAGGCGAUAUUUUAACUAUGAAGCUAUUAGUGAUACCUUCAGAUUCAAUGUUAUUAAUCCAUGUUA